CUUGCAGUUCCAGUUCAAGCGACAGCGAGAUAAGUGCCAGGGCAAAGUUCUCCGUGUUCCGUCCGUGGAAACGACAACUCCUUUAUGUAGGUACAUGUGAAUCGUCAGUGUUGCUGAAACGGCCCUCAUCACUAGCCUCAAAGAGACAAGCAGUAGACCGCGUGUAACUUCUCGCCGCCAAUCAAUUAGCUCAAAAUCAGGAACGUUCUGUAGGAAAGGUCUUGUCUAUUUGGACCCGAGAUUAGGUAAAGUGGGAACGAUUUGGCAUUCAUCUUUUCGUUGCGGCAACUUGUCGUGAUCGGUGUAGAUGGCAAACUGGAAAGCCACCUAGGCCAGCUUACCUUUGGAAAAGGUGUAAAUGUUCCAAACACAAAAACUCCAAUAGUUCAUGAUUUGGUGGCUGUCUGCGGGGUGUUCCAAGAAGAAUGUCUUUUCAUGGCUCAUCCUCGGCAGGCUUUAGUGGCUUGGUAAUCCUUUUGUUGGUGGUGGCAGGCAUGUUGUGUGGCGUUCAAAGCCUGGGGUGUUAUGUGUGUCAAUCCAUCGAUGGCGACAAUCCCUAUUGUGAGGAUCCAUUCAACGCCACUUAUCCUAAUGGCACGCAGGAUUUCUUCCGAGACGAUUGUCGCGCAGGGCGAAAACAUCGAAAUGGACUUUUUCCGGCCACCGCCUGCGUCAAAGUCAGGGGAACUUAUUGGCAUAGUGGAGAGACCUUGGUGAUUCGGACCUGUGCCGUGGACAGUAACUCGUUGACGACUGACACAGAGAUUGCUCGGGUUGAGCAUUCUUGUGGUCUCUUUGAUUUCGUGGCUAAUGCCACUGAUGAUCCUGAUAAAGUCCAUCGACUCUCAGGCUGCAUCGACGUGUGUGACAAUGCCGAUGGGUGCAAUUUGUCCGUGUCACUCACUCCUUCCUUAAUACUACUCAUAACAGUGCUGGUUCAUGGCUCUCUACAGCUUUGAAAUAUAGAAUGCGAUUUCUUUAUCUUGGAA